CGUAACUAUUGCAUCGAGAGAGAAUUGCGGACCGAUAAAGAGCAGAAGAGGACCACCAUCCGUCCCCAGUAGCAGACGAUCAGUUUCUUAGUGGCAAAUCAACUAUAAAAUGCCUUUAGGAGAAGAUGAAAAUGGAUGGAAAAAAAAGACAACUGAUAUCAAGGAGAAUUACGAUUUCAAGGAGGUCUUGGGGACGGGGGCAUUCUCUGAGGUGUUUCUGGCAGAGGAGAAGAAGACCCAGCGACUCGUGGCCAUUAAAUGCAUCCCUAAGAAAGCACUGGAGGGGAAGGAGAACAGCAUUGAGAAUGAGAUUGCUGUGCUACACAGAAUAAAACAUGAGAAUAUUGUUUCCCUGGAAGACAUCUUUGAGAGUCAGUCACAUUUGUAUCUGGUCAUGCAACUAGUGUCAGGAGGAGAGCUCUUCGACAGGAUUGUUGAAAAGGGUUUCUACACAGAGAGAGAUGCCAGCAAACUUAUUCGUCAGAUAUUAGACGCAGUGAAGUAUCUGCAUGAUAUGGGCAUUGUGCACAGAGACCUGAAGCCGGAGAACCUGCUGUAUUACAGUAUGGAGGAGGACUCGAAUAUCAUGAUCAGUGACUUUGGCCUGUCCAAAAUCGAGGACUCUGCAAGUGUGAUGUCCACUGCCUGCGGAACGCCUGGAUACGUGGCUCCAGAGGUCUUGGCACAGAAACCAUAUAGUAAAGCUGUAGACUGUUGGUCCAUAGGAGUCAUUUCUUAUAUCCUUUUAUGUGGCUACCCCCCAUUUUAUGAUGAAAAUGAUGCCAAGCUGUUCGAGCAGAUUUUAAAAGCAGAGUAUGAGUUUGACUCUCCGUACUGGGACGAUAUCUCUGAUUCAGCCAAGGACUUCAUCAGUCACUUGAUGGAGAAAGAUCCGUCUCUGAGAUACACAUGUGAACAGGCUUUACUGCACCCAUGGAUCUCUGGAGACACAGCUUUGGAUAAGAACAUUCAUGAAUCUGUCAGCGCUCAGAUCAAGAAAAACUUUGCUAAAAGUAAAUGGAAGCAAGCAUUCAAUGCGACAGCAGUGGUCAGACACAUGCGGAGAUUGCAGCUGAGCACCAGCCUCGAGGGUCCGAGCCAAAUCACCAGCACCAGCCCAUACAGACACCUGCUGCUGCCCGCCAAAGAGCUCGACCAGCAGGAUGAGGAGGAGGAGGAAGAGGAGGAGGAGGAGAACGGUUCUCCCAGUGUGGACGGCCGUCGAGGCAGUGCUGAUCGGGACAGUCUCAGGAGCUGUGCUUACUGCUGCCGACCAACCAGCAGGAUCUGAAGCAGAACCUACAGAACACGAACACACACACGCACACACACACACGCACACACACCAGACUGAGCCAUCCAGGACACACAGCUCUCCUGCAGACAGACAGCAGAUGGAGCCAAACCCAAACAAACCUGACAGGAGAGACUCUGAGAAGUGGGUAUAUCAUUGACAGAUGCAUAACUCCUCCAUCAUUUUAUUUUGUCUGAUUAUUCAUAUUUCUGUACCCCGACCAAAGAGAAAAAAAAAAGUGUGUUGUAUAUUUAUGUUAUUUAUUUAUCUUUGAGGAAACAUUCAGGUCUGUACCCCGUAGCAAUUUGGACUUUCUUGGAAAGCCACUAGGUAUUUAAUGUCUUAAUAUUUAUUAAUGUCCCACUUGCUCAGGCGAUAAAUUCAUUUGUCAUCAAUAAAGGGACAGUUCACCCAAAAAUGAAAAUUCAGUCGUCAUUUACACACCAUCCACUGGUUCCAAACCCGUUUGAGUUUCUUUCUUUUGUUGAACAAAAAUGAAGGUAUUUUGAAAAAUGUUGCCAACCAGUAGCCAUUGACUUCCAUAGUAAACUAAAUAAAGAAAUACUAUGGAAGUCAAUGGCUGACUUCCAUAGUAUUUAUUUAUUUAGUUUACUAUGGAAGUGAAUGAUUACCCAUUUACCCAUAACAUUCUUCAAAGUACCUAUUGUGUUUGUAGUUCAACAGAGAAAAAAAGAAACUUUGGAACCACUUAAGGGUUAGUAAAGGAAAAUUUUGAAGUGAACUGUCCCUUUAAGUACAUUUUCACGCCUUAAUCCACAAGUCCAUGUCGUUGAAUUGUGAUUUGGUUCAGACUGGCUCUGUAGUGAAAAUCUGUGGCAUUUCCAAGCUAAACCAGCGAUCAUAUGAUCUUGUGCAUAUAAAUGGCUGCUCGCUUUUAUAAACAGUCAUGGAGGUAUUUUUCACAUUCAUUUUUUUCCAUAGGGCUUUAAAAAAAACAUUAUAAAGGCAUGAAAGUAAUCACGCAGCUAUGAGGAGAAUCACAACAUUUGAGAAGUAUACAAAAAUCUAACAAACCAUACAAGAAUUGGAACUUAAAGGGGCAGUUCACACAAAAAUGAAAAUUCUAACAUCAUUUACUAACCCUCACAUGGUUCCAAAUCUUUAAUCUCUUGAACAAAAAACUGUA